AUGGCUGAGCUCACCACAGACCACGUCCGAUCCCUGGAUCAAACGCGUCAAAGACUUCUAGCUCUCCAUAAAUCACUGGUGGCUUUGGGAUCAGAGCUCGUCACCCAGAAUCCACUUCCUUCCUGGUCAGCGCUUCAACUGCAUGCGAACCUUGUGUCUAACAACCUACAAACCAUUGCUUCUCAGCUGGCUGAGCAUCGGGAUACAUAUCAAUCCACCGUCGCCUUUCCCACACCUCAGUUCCCGGGGACACAGCGCUCCUUCAUUCUCGAGACUCUCCUUCGAACCAAGCUAGAACCCGACGUGGAAGAUUGGGUUGAGGCAGGCGAAAACGUCAGUGUACAACAGCACAAGGCCACUUUCCGAGGCUUGUCGGACGACGACCGCAACGCUCUAUGGCAGUGGGCCCCCGGGGCUGCAAAUGGUGCGGCCCGCAAGCAGAAAUGGGGCGCGGAUUUUACCCUGGAGGAGAAGCAGAAAGGCGUAGAGAAUGUGGCUACAGGGUUACGAAGACAGCUGGUAGAACCUCCCGAUGACGAGGGCGAGGAAGAGCCUGAAGAGGAGGAAGAUGAGUACGAAAUCAGCGACGAGGAAGACGAGGGCGAGGAUGGGGACAAAAUGGAUGUUGAAAAACAGCCGCCGAAGGCUGAGGCAAGCCCAGCUUCUACAGCCUUGCCAACCGCCGGCCACAUGACCCUAGGAGCUCUCCACAAAUUCAUGACCACUGGACGAUGA